AGGUCCGAGUACGAUCGUCUUGGAACGCUGGCAGUUAUGCAACUAAUUGUUCUAGGAUAUUCAACUGACAAAGAUCGCAAGCAAAAACGUAUUGAAGAGACGCAAAAGCUCGUUAUAAACAAGCUUCUCAGCAAACCUAAAAGAAAGAUAGAUGAGCUCUGCAGUGAACUUGACAAGACCUGCUUCACUAUCACUGAUGCCAUUUUUAAACGUGGCAAUGCGUUGUUUGCGUUCAGGAGCUUGCGAAGGAAAGGGCCGCAAGGAGUUUUGAAAUUGUCGCAAGCGAGGCUUGAACCUCAGUUACCUCUUAACUGGGAGAAUUUCAACACGAAGGCAUGGAAUGUAAGGAAGGACUAUGUUCAAUUGACUUAUGCCCGACUUAUGAUAGCUGGAGCAUUUUUGAGCGGAGGACUGGAGUUUAACACUACAAGGAAACAAGAUAUACUGAUCAUUGGACUUGGAGGAGGAAUCAUCAACAACUACUUCACGCAAAUGGAAAACCAAGUGUUGAAUGUCACCAUUGUCGAUAUUGAUCCUGUUAUGCUGAAAGUAGCCAAAAAAUGGUUUGGUUUCGCGGAAUCACCUUUACAUCGCAUUAUUAUUGAUGAUGGAGUGAGAUACAUUCAUGAUGCCGUUAGAAGAGGUAUCUGUAUAACGUUUGAUCAGCUGUAUCAUUCCACUAAUCAGGCGAAAAAUAUGAUGUGCUUAUCAUUGACCUGUGCUACAACAUACGCUUGCCCAUGA